GUCUGGUCUGAAAUGGGAAAGCCUCCUUGGCGCCACCUAGUGUCAGGUGGGCCCUACCGCAGGGGAGAAUGCCCGCAAAAGGGGAAUUCGCCCCUCUGGAAACACCUGGGCUUUGGGCACAGUGGGAAUGCCGAAAGAUCUAGCAUUUUUCUUGCUUUCCUGAAGAUAAUAGUCAAGUCGCAGCGACUGAGCCGGCAUGAAUGAAAUAAUGCUACAUGGCAGUGAGUGCUUAAGAGCUAAGACGGAAUACACAGGCGUGCCCUGUGAGUUCAGUGCAGGGGCCAUCUGUGUGAAAGGAUGAACAAGGUGGGUGGAAAAGAAAACUGUGGAGUAAUGGACGUGAGUCCAAGUGGAAUGCUCCGUUCAGGGCAGUGACUGGAGGGGAUACCGAGAUAAGGAGAGAUGAGAACCUUGAAUGCCGGGAAAAGUGGCUUGAACUUCACCUUGAGGCUCUGGGGACACUGAAAACUUUAAACAGGGAAGUAACAAGUUGGGACAGGGUGGGUUGGAAUAUUAAUAUGGUGAGAUCCCUGCCUGUAACAAACCUUGCUGGGCCAGCUGUCUUCUCAGGAGAAGAAAACAAAUGGGGAGUUAGAGACCCUUGUAAAAUGGGUAUGCCUGUGAGAGAAUUAUUGAAUGCUUUUUGAAAGCCAGAUGGGUUCAAGCUAAAAUCCACUUCUUUAGUUGUGGCAGUCAGCUCUCCUCCCAGGGGCUCUAAGGGUUUUCAGCUCCAGAGCUCUCUGCAGACACACAGCCAGCCCGAACUUGGGAGCAAACUUCUUUGGAAGAUGGCGUUAUUAGCCAUUUGUCAACAGAGAAGACUGGAGUCAUCUUUGACUUCACCCCUAUGCCCUUUGACCCAGACAUGGCGUGGGGGAGACCGCGCAAUUAUGCAAUUGCAAUUUGUCCUGUGCAGUGCUCUUUUUAUUUUUUUUUCUGCAGUUUGGGGAAUAACUUCAGAAACCAUGAUAGAUUUGAGUUAGAAGUGGCCCGAGAGAGCAUCUAAUACAGCUCCCUUCAGUUAGAGAUGAAACAAAGAGACCUUCCCAAAGUUUGAUGGCUUGAUGAUUCUUAAGUGCCAGGGAUGUUUUAAGUGCUUUUUAACUCUAAUCCUCACAAUUUGGUAGGUACUGUUAUCAUCCUUGUCUGUAGAUGAAGAAACCAAGGAUAGGGAAGAUGAACAACUGGUCCAAGGACUCCUAGGGGCCAGGGAUGGUACCUACAGCCUAAUUCCUGGGGUUCGGGCUUGCCCAGGGGUGGGGGUACUCUUGCCCGUCCAUCACCAGGGACACCCUUUUAGGCCACUAAGGAGGUCACUAUGGCUCUCAGCGGCCAUCUAUAGUCUGGCAGAAGCUGCUCCCAGGCUCUUGGCUUUGUCCCUGGUCCCACAGGGCCUAGCUCAGUGCUGAGCUUGCAGGAAAUGCACUCCCUUAAGCUGUGGCUUCUCCCCAAGGAAGUGGAGGGGCAGCUGGGCACCCCUGGCCUCAGCCUGAGGGAUGACUCUACUCAGGCCACCAUGUCUCAGGAACUCACGAUAGCUGCUUACCCCUGAGGUAGGCAGGGGUGGGGUGGCUGUGCUGCCCCUCCCAUUCCUUCAAGCAUCAAUCAAAGGGAGAUGAUGCUCCUCCUGCAGUCGGGGUGAAGGACGCUGCCGUGGUAAUCAUGUGGGGCCACAGAGCCCUCCGGGUGGUGAAGGCCUGUCCCAGCUCGGGGCGCAGGGCUGCCUGCCAGUCAGGGCAGCAAAAGGCAGAUGAGAGGGAAGUGUGUGCCCCCCAAUCCCCACCCGCAGGAGGUAUCCUGAUCACCACGAGGGCUCUGGCAUAUCUGCAUGGGGGGAAACAUGGCCUGGAGGGGAGUGUGGUUGGGUAUAAGUGUAUGCGUGUUGGGGGGUUCUUUUGAGGCCACACAAAGGCUUGUGCUGAGACACUGCAUUCCUGCUGGCUGGCUUCCUGCUCCAGAUGCAUUCCUGCCCCAGAGUCACCAAGGAGACUGCUGCUUGGAAUCUGGCCCUACAUUCUCCAAAUUCAGGGCAAGAUCUGGCAAAGGUUUCCUCCCUUCCCCUCCCCACACUCUCACUUUGCAGAGAGGAAGCCACCUGACUCACCAGCCCUCUUACCCUCCUACCUAGGAGAGCUGGAGUGUGUCUGGCAUGGUCUUGGGGAGGGGGGGGGUUGGUACCACACAUCCUGUCUCCGACUUCCAUAAAGCAGUUCCUGCCAGGCCCAGUGUUGUUUCCCUUUCUGUAUCUGGGAAAGAGGAAUGGGGAGGGGGUGUUGUCCAGGAGGGGCAACCCAGAGGACCCAUGGCUAGUGGGGAAAGGCUUGGCUUGAAAAUCACGGUGUGAAGAGAUCGCUGGUAAUGCAGGCAUUUGGCUGUCAUGCUUCCUUUCUGAGGCGUGGCUGUAGGCCUCAAUUUCCCCAUCUUAUAAAGUUAGAAUCUUGUAGUUUGUGGCUACAAGUUGAUGAGGGCUCCUGCGUAGGGUGUUUGAGGAAGGGUAGGAAGGAGCACAGGGCAGAAGGGAUGGGCAGACCUCUUCUCCCUCCCAGCUAACAGCCACUGCCAACAGCUCAGGCUCCGGACCCUCCCCCAGAGGCUCAGGUGCAGGUUUGCACGUCCACCAGCUCCCUCAUCUGCCUCCAGGGGAUUUGGAUCCUGCUGGUCACCUUCCGCAGGAGAAAGAGGUUUCCUUAGAAGCCACUCGCCCGUCUGGUCACCAAACUGUCUCUCCUUCAGCAGCUGUCUGGGCUCCCAGCCCAUUUUCAGCGCGGGGAUCAGGGGGUGGAGGGAGCGGUGGGAGUGGUGGUGGCGAUGCGGUAAGAAUCCCAAGGGCCCCAAGAUGGCUGGGGUGGGGACCGGGGAACUUUUACACUCGCGCCGCUUCCAGGCUCCUCUCCUGUCCCCAAGGCGCACUUCUUCCCCAAUCCUGAAGUCCCACCCAGCCCCCCAGUUUCAGGGUCCCCGAGUGAGGAAGAGGUGCGGGAUGAGGAGGAGAUUCAUUGCUAGCCGGGACACAAAGUGCUUGGCAGCUGUCGGAAAAGAUUUCCCUCUGGGCGGAAAUCAUGUCCCCCUUUUAUCGCGCCAGGUUUCUGAGUGGCGGAGUGACUCGCCCCAGGCUCACAGCUGGGAGCGCAGGGACCGCUGCGUCCCGGUCAGUGCCCUUCCCACAGCCAGCACGUGGGGCUCCAUUUCCUUCCGCGCGCCGGUCCACUCCCCGCCCGCCAGCUUCAUCUUGGCGGCAGGAAGGCAGACCGAGCGUGGAGCUGGGGGCGGGGUGACCCCAGGCCGGGGACUCCGCUCCUGGGCUGCGGCGGGAGCGCGGGGCCGCCACGCGCGGAAGGACAGCGGAUCCCGGCCCUUAUUCUAGCUCAGCCGCGCGUGGCCCCGCGUGCAGCCCCGCCCCCUUACACCUGCGCCCCUCACCUCCCCCGUCCCACCCCUCCCCCGCUGGGAGUGUCCGGGGGGCCGCACCCAGGGGGUCCGGACGCACCAGCUAAGCUGCGAGUGCGACAGCGGCGGGGGGACGCGGGCUGGGAGCGCUCGGUUCGGCUGCAGCGGUCGGGGCGGAGCGGGGCCAUGCUGGGCCGGCGGCGCGUCUUCGCCGUGGAGCUGCUCGGCAGCCGGGAUGGGGCUGGUGAGGAACUGGCACUCGGUUGUGUAGUGCCUGGAGUCACCAGCAUCUACAGACGGAUCCCGGACACCGCUCAGGGGUGCUCACUGGACUCCUGGAAGGGGCAUGGUGAGCAGAGAGGUCUCCGGAGGCAGGUGCCACUUCUCAAACUGGCAUCCCAGGAUUCAGGAGUGGAGAUGGUGGCUGGGGACAGCCUCCUGGCCACCUCGCUGGGCCUUUCUCCGGACUCUCUGGACUUUGAGGCUGUGGUGAGCCCUCAGCCCCUGGCCCUGCCGCCCAUGGAGCCCCCCGCCCACUUAAGCAGGUUCCUGGCCAGCCGUAAGCUGGAGCAGGUGCUGGAGAGGUCCCGCCAGUUCCCGACUUCCCCUGCCGGCUUGUCACAACACCACCACUCCCAAAAGCUGCCAAGCAAGCCUGAGUGUGAACUGCCCCUUUUUGGAGCAGGGGAUCAGAAGGCCACCAAGGCAGAGGUGGAGGAAGCAGCGGUGAUGGGGGGCUUGGGGCCUGAAGCCUGGGCCUGCCUCCCAGGGCAGGGUCUUCGCUACCUGGAACACCUGUGCCUUGUGCUCGAGCAGAUGGCAAAGCUCCAGCAGCUCCACUUGCAGCUACAGACCCAGAAGCCCCCUGGGGUUGUGAGCUGUGGGGUGGCCAGGCCAGCGGAUGGGCAGGAUCCUGUGGAGGAGGAGGAGGCCCCGGCCCCUUUGCCUCCACCCUCUCAUGCCCCAGGCAGUGAGGUGCAUGGGUCAUGGGAGCUGCUCAGCCAGACAGCGGAGACAGGGAGAAGAAGAGCUUCACUCCCCAAAGUAGGGGUGCCCAGUGCCAACCCUUCCAGGCUGUCAGAGGUCCCAGCAGAGCCCGCUCACGACUUUCAGUCCUCCCAGGGUCACAAGCAGGAGCUCUCCCACUGGAACAAGGUCAAGGUCCUGCUCAACCGGAUCCGCUGGAAGAGCGCGCGACACCCUGAGCCCCCUGUCCCUCCUGAUGGCCCUGCCCCGAGGACUGAGUCAAGGGACGUCCCUGAAAGAUCUCCAUGUCGCCCCCGCCGGAAGACCUUUAUGCCAUCAUUAGUGGUGAAGAAGCAACGAGCAAAAAACCUUUCCGUCUGCUGAGACCUCCUGGUGCAGGGACAUGACCCUGGGUAGAGGGGUGUGGAGUGAAGUCUUCUUCCUUGCCCUUUGCUCUGUUGCUCUUUCUGGGCACUGCCAGGAAAAGCUGCUGACAAUUGCCCUUCUCUCUGAGGCAAGGGCUGAAUCUUUCUCCUCCUGGAGCAGCGUGGCAGAGGAGCCCUGGUUCCCUGAGAAGCCCCACGGUGCGGCAGCUCCCAGGCACUUCCCUGGCCGCCAGAAAUCCCUGGGCUUAGACAAUGUGAAGUAGCUUAUUUAUCAGGCAUCCAUGGAGCAUGUUUGGCAUAGUAAUCUGUUGGGGCCCAGAGUGUUGCAGAUGUGUGUAUAUAUGCAAAAUGAUAAAGUCGUAUAUAUCUCUGUGAGACUGUCA